AUGCGCUACUCAUUCAUCAUCACCGCUCUGAGCCUCCUCUCAUCGGCUUUGGCCAUCACCGUCACCGCUCCCUCGUCAGACUCGGUGUGGGAUUUCUCCACUGCCAAAACUAUCAAAUUCACUAGCGGUUCUAGUGACCCUCCGGUAAUCAGCAUCAUCCUGAGAUCCAAGGAUGGCUCCUUCCAGACCAAAUUGGCGGAUAACGUCAAGACCUCUGAGGGCGAAUACACGACCCAGCCUAACCCUAGCAUUUCUAAUGGAAAUGACUACGAGAUUCAGAUAAUUGAUUCUGCGGGCCAGCUCGCCGUCAGUGACACCUUUACUGUCAAGAAGGGCGCUUCAGAUGAUGCCUCCACCACCUCCUCUUCCGACACUUCAUCUACCAGUGCCUCCGCCUCCGCUGUACCCUCAACUGAUGCUGCGUCGUCUCAGCUCAGCGGCCCCAAGGGAGCCAUGGCUGUACUCGGCGCUGCUUUCGCGCUCAUUUACGUCUAG